GGUGCAGCUCACGCUGACAUGGAGCUUGUGUCCUCUCUGGCAGAAAAAAUCUCCCUGUUGGAACAAAAAGUAGAUAAACAGGCACAGGAAAUCCAGCUGAAGGACAGGAGGAUCGCUGAGCUCGAGGAGAAGAUAAAGACUCUUCAGGAAGAGGAAGGUGCUCCUGACCCACGCAGCACAGAGGAGCUGGAGCUGAGGUGCCUUCAGCUGCAGAGCCAGGUCUGGGAGAUGGAGCGGUUCCUGAGCGAUUAUGGGCUGGUCUGGGUUGGAGAGGCGCGGGAGCAGCCGGAGGAGCCGGGAGCAGCCCGGGAUGGAGAGGAGCCGCCCGCAGGGAGCCUCUGCAGGCCGGGUGAGGCCGUUCUUUGCGAGCAGCAGAUUGAUUUUGAUCUAAUCCUGGAGCACAUCAAGGAUCUGAACUCGCUGGUGGGAGAGGGCAGCUCGCAGGUGGAGCAGACGUUGCGGGGGGCUCGGCUGCGGUGGGCAGAGCCCCUCCCCGUGACCCUGUACCGGGACGGGAUCACCGUGGGACAGCACGGAGCCUUCCGGCCCUACCAGCACCCGGCCACGCAGCAAUGCCUGCAGGACAUCAUGGAUGGUUAUUUCCCCUCCGAGCUGCAGCCACGCUACCCCGACGGGGUCCCCUUGCAGGUCUCUGACAGGAGGGAUGUGAUGUUCCAGAAGCCAGACCUUCCUGGGAGCUUUCCUGGCCUUGGCCACGUGGUGGGGACUUCAGAAUCCAGCAGAGUGCAGGAAACCUCCAGGAUCCCAGGUCCCAAAGGCUCCUGGGAGCGGGAUCCCAGUGAGGUUUCCCAGCCCCUGAAGCACAGAGGGAGCGUGGGCAGCACCCAAGGAGCAGCUCCACAGGGCUCUGAUGGGCAGCAGAGCAGCGAGGAAAUGCUGCUGGAAACACCUGGGCUGGCUGCCCUGGAGGGGUACAGGGUGAAGGCAGCAGAGGAGGCUGGAGCCCCUGGGCUCUGCAGGCUGCGCGUCAGGUCCGAGAGCGGGGAGCAGACGUACGAGCUGAGGAUGCUGCUCACAGACACCAUCGGGGACCUGCGCCAGCUCCUCGCCCACCUCAGGGGUGGAAACUCGGACUAUGAGAUCAUCAGCACCUUUCCCCAGCGGGUGUACACGGACAGCUCCAGGAGCCUGCAGGAAUGUGGGCUGGUCCCUAGGGCCUCGCUGCUGCUCCGCAGGAGAGACCCCCCCCAGCAGCAGGGGAGGGGG